AUUAUGGCGAGCCAAAAGACAUUGCUAUCAGAGCUUCGUGCUCGCAGUGCUGUUGAUUGUGACACCCUAGAUGUGGAAGUUGCUCAGGCCUUGGGACCUUUUGUUGAUUGCACAUCGAACCAGGCCAUCGUCAACAUUGAACUGCAGAAACCAAAGAACGAACCCCUUAUCGUCGAGUCCAUCCAACAAGCCAAGCAGUUGUAUUCUCAAUAUGCCUCUGAAGCCACCUUUGAACAAUUCGCCUCUGAAGUCAUGGCAGUCAGACUCUCAGCAAGAAUGAUCCCUUACCUCACCGGCCGCGCACUCAUUCAAACAAACCCUUACAACGCCUACUCGACACCCGCCACCAUCGCCAAUGCCAAACGCAUCAUUGCCAUUUACAACCAAGUCCUGCCCGAGCACCCGAGCAACCGUAUCUGCAUCAAAAUCCCCAGUACCUGGGAAGGCAUUGCUGCGUGCAAGCAGCUGGAACAGCAGGGUAUCGUUACUCUAGCCACUACUUUGUUUUCUCUGGAGCAGGCUGCUGCUGCACAUGCGGCGGGAUGCAGUUACAUUGCGCCAUAUGUGAAUGAAUUGGCUGUGCAUUUUGUUGCUGGACAUAUUGACAACGACAAAGGCUUUGCCCUCACCCGCGCCUGCCAAAACUUUUACGAAAGAAUUGGGUCAAAGACACUGGUCAUGCCUGCCUCACUGACUUCUGUGGAUGAGUGUCUGCAAGUCGCUGGCGCACACCACAUCACUAUCUCUCCACCUUUGCUUGCUGCUCUUGCUGCUACUCCUUUCUCUGCUGCUCCCUCAAUAUUUGACGAAACCGACACUGCAGCAGAGGCAAUUAAUGAUGCACAGCUUUUGGAGACGGUAAAGGAUGAAGCUAGCUAUAGGAUCAGGUAUACGCGCCUUAAGAAUGGUAUCCAGGAGAAAAAGCUGGUAGACGCCGUGAACAUCUUUGCGGAUUGUCAGGAUAAAACUGAGGAGUUGGUGAUAAGGUAUAGUAAGUGA